AUGUCGACAGUUACUACUCAGAUUGAGGCGCCUGUCGCGAGGUCUCGUGUAGUGCAACUGAAAACUGAGGCAGAGCAGCCGGCAUUGCCAGAUAUCAACACUAUCCGAAAGGCUAUUCCUCCUCAUUGUUUCCAGCCUUCAACAUGGAGAUCGUUAUCCUAUGUUGCGCGGGAUCUCGUCAUGGCCGCCGUGCUUACCUACGGGGCCUUGACGUACAUCCCUUCUGUAUCUAAUCCAGUCUACCGCACUUCUCUGUGGGUUGUCUACGGAUUUCUCCAAGGUCUUGUCGUUGGCUGGGUUCUGCACUGCGCUUUGGGUGUGCCUUACUUCUCGUGGAAGUUCUCGCACGCUCGGCACCAUCGCUUCACCGGCCACAUGCAGAAGGAUAUGGCUUUCGUUCCGCAGACGAAGCCCUCCUGGUUUAUCCAAUCGCUAGGAGAUUCCCUGAGCUCUUUCGUCAACUCUGAAGUUCUAGAGGAUGCGCCUCUGGUGAAUCUGAUUCGCCUACUUGGCCAGCAGCUAGGAGGGUGGCAGGUUUAUAUGCUCCUCAACGCCACGGCAGGAGAAGAUAGCAUGCAGAACUUAGAGGCCAAAUGGUGGAGGCGUAGCCACUUGGAUCCUUUCAGCGGAGUAUUCCGACCCCAGGAAGCUAUCUAUGUUCUCAUUUCGGAUUUGGGCCUUGCACUUGUAGCCGCAGGCCUCUACUACAGCUCGUUGGCUCUUGGCUGGCAAACCGUUUUCCUCUUAUACGGAGUUCCGUAUCUCUGGGUGAACCAUUGGCUAGUUGCUAUUACCUACCUUCACCACACGCACAAGGACGUCCCUCAUUAUGAUGGCGAACGAUGGACUUUCGUAGCUGGAGCUCUUGCUACUGUCGAUCGUGAUUUCGGCUUCAUUGGCCGCCACAUAUUCCAUGGUAUUAUCGAUACCCACGUUGUGCACCACUUGUUCUCGCGAAUCCCUUUCUAUUACGCUGAAGAAGCCACCAGAGCGAUUAAGCCGCUUCUCGGUGAUCUCUACCAUAGCGACGAGCAUUCAUUUAUGGGUUCAUUAUGGGAGACUUCUCGUACUUGCCAAUACGUAGAAAACGACCCGAGCAACCCUGGAGUUAUGAAGUGGGCCAAAUAG